CUUAUAUGAUAAUACUUCCAGCUUGUCGUCUUCGGUAAUGUCGUAUAACAGAGUAUAGAUUAUACAAAAUAAUCAUGCAAAACAUCCCAGGCUCAAGUUAUUCUCAUGAUAAAUUUGACUGCUCUGACGCAUUUACGAUCAUUUGCAUCGAUAACCAUCUGUUAUUAGUUACUACAUCACUAGCUUACAAUACAAACUGGAAAGACGAACGAGUUAAGCGUUGAGCAGGUGCCAAACAAAACUGUUUUACAACAACGGUUGUGCAAUAUAACUAACAUACUCUUUUUUGUUUUGUUUGUAUUACAAUUCUUCCAUUAAUAUUCUUUCACUAGUUCUUUCUGCGAAUAAGUGAUAUAACCUCAAAAUGUCUUCUGAAGAUGAAGACGCUCCAUUACCAAAGAAAAGCAAGCAAAUCCAUUAUGGAUCCCUGGAGGAGCAGGAGAAAGCCCGGCUGGCGGCCCUGGCUGCCGCUGCCAAGGAAGGCGUAGAGGAUUCUGGUGGCAAAGAAUUGGGGGACAUACAAAUCUCUAAUGAAUACAUGGAGCUUGAAGAAGAGAUGUCAAGAGAUAAGAAAGCGCUGUUGGAGGAGUUCGAAAGGAGAAGGAAAGCUCGGCAGCUAAAUGUCUCCACUGACGAUGACGAAGUGCGACGUAGUCUGCGACAGCUCGGUGAACCCGUCUGUCUGUUCGGAGAGGGCCCAGCGGAGAGGCGCGUGCGGCUCAGGGACUUGCUCAGCUAUCUGGGCGAGGAUGCCAUCCACAAGAAGCUGGAAGAGGAAGAAGCUCGUAUAGAAAGGGACAGAGGCCGGGAAGGUACCUGGUACCAUGAGGGCCCGCCGGAACUACGCGAAGCGCGGCUCUGGAUAGCUAGGUAUUCUUUGCCCAAGGCCAAGGAAAGAUUAACAAAAGCACGCGAAGAAUUGAAGUUAGCUGGCAGCGUCCGCGCGGCCGCGAAACAGGAAUCGCAGAGGAAGGCGUCCGCCAUGUCGAUAUACUGCAGCCAGAUUGGUGAUACUCGACCGAUCAGUUUCUGUCGGUUCAGCAGUGAUAGUAAAAUGCUAAUCACUUCUAGUUGGUCGGGCCUAGUGAAAGUAUGGUCAGUCCCCGAUUGCACACCCCUGCAGACGCUUCAAGGUCAUACAUGUAACGUCAGUGCCGCUAAUUUCCACCCGAAAGCAGAGUUGCCGAGGCAUUUUGUAGACAAAAUAAAUACAGCAAAAGAGCCUACUGAGGACAACAUAAUGGAUACGAGCGACGCCAGCGAAGCUUGCGCGAUGGCGUCCUGCGCGUACGAUGGUUCAGUGCAUCUGUGGAACUUUGUCAGCUCGUCCCCACUGGCGUCACUACCGGGGCACUCGGCCCGCGUGGCGCGCGUGGAGUUCCACCCGGCGGGGCGACACCUGGCCACGGCCGUGUACGACCACUCGUGGCGGCUGUGGGACCUGCACACGCACACGGAGGUGCUGCACCAGGAGGGGCACGCCAAGCCCGUGUACAGCGUGGCGUUCCAGGGCGACGGGUCGCUGGCGGCCACGGGCGGCCUGGACGCCUUCGGCCGCGUGUGGGACAUCCGCACGGGCCGCUGCGUCAUGUUCCUGGAGGGUCAUCUGGGCGCCAUACAUGGCAUCGACUGGUCGCCUGCCGGCCAUCAGUUGGCUACAGCAGCCGCUGAUAACCAAACUAAGAUAUGGGAUUUACGCAGGCGAGCCCUUCUGUACACUAUACCGGCGCACACGCAUUUGCAGAGUGAUGUGAGAUACCAACGCAGUCACGGACACUUCUUGCUGACAUCAUCUUAUGACCGCUCAGUGAAGCUGUGGUCCAACCCAGCCUGGCAUCCUCUCCGAACAUUAUCUGGACAUGAUAACAAAGUGAUGAGUGCAGACAUAUCUUAUGACAAUAAAUACAUAGCUACAUGCUCAUACGACAGGACAUUCAAACUUUGGGCUCCUGACUUGGCAUAGACAUUUGGCAAAUAAAUACCAAUGAUUUUAGAAAUGAAAAUAUUUAAAAAAUGGUUAACCUCUCUACUUGACCAAGUUACACUGGUAUAAUAUUGCCAGAUAUUCUAGCUUGCAGCUAGAAUAUAGGUUCUUUUAAAUUAUUUUUAUAACAAUAAAUGAUUUAAAAACAAUCAAA